UGUGGUGUGGUGUGGGUGGGGAGUGGGCACACAGACACAUGCAGUUAUAUGUGAAUAUGCAUUUUUGACCUGACUUUCCCUCCUGCUACUCCAGCAGGCUGGGCUCUAGGACUCUGGUUCUAAACUUUAAAUCUGGCUCAGGAAUGGCCCAGAUCGGCCUUCCGGGAGGAGCCUGCUGUGGUCUACGACCAACUCCGCCCCUCACCUUGCGUGAGGCUGAGGUAGCUGAGCCCCUAUGGGUAUAUUGCCUUGAGCAUUCCUAGUUGGGGCGAAAUGGACUGGGGGCUAUUUACAGUAUUUACAGUUCGGUCCACAGCUGAAGGGUCUGGGACUGUUUUGGUGUGUCCAGCCUCUGUUUAUAGCCAGAGGGAAUCAAAGUUGGCCGCCUGGGCCUCCCUGAGACCAUGAGAGAUAGUCGAGAAAGAUGGAUCUCUCACUGGGGAUGGCUGAAGGAAAGAGACCAAGCUUCCUUGUAGCUCCCUGCAGUAGUCACUCCAUCCCUUAAAAGCUUCCUUCCCUCUUUCUGAGGAUAGUAUGACGUCUCUCCAACUCAUGGAGCCCAAGUGAUGGCAGUGGCCUGUCCUGUCUCAAGGCAGUUCAGUAGACUUGCUUACCCAAGGUAGAGAGGUGCAAGCCACCAGCUGCUUACUGAGGGCCAGCCAUGCCCCAGGGCACAGGUUUUGGAGGGGUCAAAGGUGUCAGCUUGUUAGUUGACCAGAGGGGCUGUUUGUAUUGGGCUAAUUGUGUUCCUUCAUGGGAGUUGGGAAACCCCUCUCUCUGUCCUUGUUGUUGAGUGCCCUUGUAUACCCAUCAGUGAGAUGACCCACGGCCAGUCUUGAGGAACACCACCAGGACAGAGACCAGGAACCCAAAAACUUCCUGAAAACAGAGAGGAGUAGAACUGGAGAGAGCACACUUAACCCAGGGCUGAUCCAGGCUGGGUAUCUUAACAAAGGCCCAGGAGUCUGCCAAGUUCCCUCUGGGAGAUUAGCAGCUGAAAAGAUUUCACAAUGACUGGCCUCCUCCCUGCUCUUCAGCCAAGGCAGCCCCUAUCUACACAUGGCUACAGCAGAGAGCGGAGAAUCCUGCAGGGCCUUGGUAAACCCCAAGCCAGCUGGCUGUUUAAGCAUUGCUUUAUGGCCGUUUCCUAGGGUAGAGCUGCCAGAGGCAGUACCAAAGCAGGAAAAGGCCACCCAGAUUCAGAAAGGAUGAUGCGGGCAUCCUAGCUAGGCACCACACCUGUCCAGCUCCCACAGACAUGCUGGCUGUGGCCAGCGGCGGGGCCAUGGUUAUCUCUGGAAAUGGACUGAGGUGGCUGCUAAGGCACUCCUUGGAGCAUCCCUACCUGCAGAGUCCCCGCUGUCCACACAUGAUUGACUUGGACAUGACCCUAGCUGGAGCCUGCCUUCUCCCACCUCGUGGCAUAAGAUCCACUUGGAAGAGCUUUGGGAGGUCAAGGGCAUGGGAGCUUCUUUACCCAUUUUACGCUCAGCCCUUCCUGCCUAGAGCCUAACGUCGCCAACCUGGCUUCUAUAGCUCACCCUCCAGGCCCUGCCUCAUAUCUAGAACCCAUCUAAAUCUAUGAGGGACCUUUGAUUCUCGGAUCUGUACCGUAAGGAAAGCCCUGCUCACUGAGACCCUGGCCUGUAGUGUUUGCAGCUUCCUUUUGUGCCUAGCAAAGCCCCAUCAGCCCCAGGAGUGCUCUGGGACCACCUUGUGUAGUAGUACUAACUACCAGCUCUGUAUUUGUAACUCUGUAUGUGGGUGGCUAGGGAUGGAAGAACCCCGCCCCACUCCAGUGCCUAUCUGCUGGACUCUUUGUCUCCCAAUAUAGCAAUUUCAGUCCAUAAUGGUUCCUGUUAUCACCCAGAGAUGGAAGUCCCCCAACUCUUGUCAGGCCUUAAGCCUCCUGAUUCAGGCUAGUAUGAAUUAUAGCUCAGAUGUUUCUUACCCUUCGCACUGUUGACAUUUUAGACUGAAUACAUCUCUGUUGAGAGCCAUUCUACGCAUAGUAGGAUAUUUAGAAGCAUCCCUAGCCAGUCAGGAACCAGUAGCAGCACUUAAUAAGACCAGUCUAAAUGGCCACAACUCUCUCCAGACGCCGGCACCCAGAGGCAGUUUGCCCCUGUGGAUACCCUUUCUCGGGAUUGCUGCCUCCUGAGGGCUUCUGUCUCCAUCUCUAACUUUGUUCUUCUGUCUAGUGACUCAUCUUCUCAGACUUAGCCUCCCUCCUCACGUCCUUCCUCUGUUCCCCAGACUGUCGGGGCUCUCCCUGCCUCUCUGAGGCCGUAGGCUGCUUCAACCGAUGGGGCAGUGCAUGGGCAUCAGAGCUUCCCGCAUGCUGCCAGGAGCACAGGAGGCGCGUGAGAGUCAGCUGUCUGGGCUCUGUUGGGCUAGCGCUGGGGCACACACAUCGUGCAGUCACAGCUGACUUUAUUCACAGUUGCCUGCAGUUCCACCCACCGUCUAGCAGGCCCAGGCACGCUGGGUGGACCAGCCUCUUUCUCCAUCACCAUCUGACUCCCUCCCUGAGUGACUCACUCUCUCCUUCCAUCCACGGCGUCUCUCCCCUCCGGCUCUCAGGCAUACAGCUUCCCGGGCCAAAGGCAGAACUCUGCCCUUGGCAAAGCUUGCCUUACCUGUACCAAGAUCACCAGCCUCUCCGUUCUCUUCAGGAACCCGGCAUCUGAGACUCAGCUGUAUGACUAGAGGACAUUUCCUCUUAGCCUUUCUUUCCACAGGCAUCCGGGCGUGCUCCUCACACUGGUGUUGGCGAGGCAUGGGGCUUCCUCACAGUGGUGGGGCUGGAGUGGCUUGUGUGCCUCGGUGGGUUUGUGAGCUGGGUGGACCCUGACCCCAGAGCCUGGUAGGGUCUGUCUGAGCGGUGAGGGUGUGUGAGGCAUGGUGACUAGCCCGUGCCCCACUUCUACCCCUACCUGCUCUGCCCUCAUCGUCCCUGGCACUGCUGGUGGGCCCUACCCUGUCCACUGUGUCUCUCCAUGAGUCCUAAGUCCUCUGUGAGCGGCGUGGUCCGUGUGCACCUGUGUGCACGUGUGUGUGCGAGGGGCACAGGAGUCCUGUCUUGUCUCUGUGCUGUGUGGGCAGAUGGAGGUUGGCCUGUUUUUACUCUCUCUGUGUUUCUCCUUGUCUUUUUUUAUUCCCUCUCAUCCUCAUCGCACUCUGCCAUCAACCCAAACUCUCAUCUCUCAGAUCAGCGAGAAGUGCGUCGCGUGGCUCCUCGUUUCUCCAUCCCUCCCAGCAGCCAAGAGGUGAUGCCGGGCGGCAGCGUGAAUCUCACAUGUGUGGCAGUGGGCGCGCCCAUGCCGUAUGUGAAAUGGAUGAUGGGCGCCGAGGAACUGACCAAAGAGGAUGAGAUGCCAGUCGGCCGAAAUGUUCUGGAGCUCAGCAAUGUCAUGCGAUCUGCCAACUAUACCUGUGUGGCCAUCUCUUCAUUAGGCAUGAUAGAAGCCACGGCCCAGGUCACAGUAAAAGCUCUGCCAAAGCCUCCAAUUGAUCUUGUGGUGACAGAGACAACCGCCACCAGUGUUACUCUGACAUGGGACUCUGGAAAUACCGAGCCUGUGUCCUUCUACGGCAUCCAGUACCGCGCAGCUGGCACAGACGGCCCCUUCCAGGAAGUGGAUGGUGUGGCCAGCACCCGAUACAGCAUUGGUGGCCUCAGCCCCUUUUCGGAAUAUGCUUUCCGUGUGUUGGCUGUUAACAGCAUUGGGCGAGGACCACCCAGUGAGGCAGUGCGAGCACGCACGGGGGAGCAGGCACCCUCCAGCCCUCCGCGCCGUGUGCAGGCUCGAAUGCUUAGCGCCAGCACCAUGCUGGUCCAGUGGGAACCACCUGAAGAGCCCAAUGGCCUGGUACGGGGAUAUCGCGUCUACUAUACCCCAGAUUCCCGACGCCCUUUGAGCGCCUGGCACAAGCAUAACACUGACGCAGGACUCCUUACCACCGUGGGCAGCCUGCUACCUGGCAUCACCUACAGCCUCCGAGUCCUUGCCUUCACUGCUGUGGGUGACGGCCCACCCAGCCCCACCAUCCAAGUCAAGACACAGCAGGGAGUGCCUGCACAGCCUGCGGACUUCCAGGCUAACGCUGAGUCGGACACCAGGAUCCAGCUCUCGUGGCUGCUGCCCCCGCAGGAGCGGAUCGUCAAGUAUGAGCUGGUGUACUGGGCAGCCGAGGAUGAGGGCCAGCAGCACAAGGUGACCUUCGACCCCACCUCCUCCUACACUCUGGAGGACCUGAAGCCUGACACAUUGUACCACUUCCAGCUGGCUGCCCGUUCAGAUUUGGGGGUGGGCGUCUUCACGCCCACCGUAGAGGCCCGUACAGCACAGUCCACCCCAUCAGCCCCUCCCCAGAAGGUGACAUGUGUGAGCACGGGCUCCACCACGGUCCGGGUAAGUUGGGUUCCACCGCCGGCCGACAGCCGCAACGGCAUUAUCACCCAGUACUCCGUGGCCUAUGAGGCAGUGGACGGCGAAGACCGUAAGCGACAUGUGGUGGAUGGCAUCAGCCGUGAGCAUUCCAGCUGGGACCUGCUGGGCCUGGAGAAGUGGACGGAGUACCGGGUGUGGGUGCGGGCACACACAGAUGUGGGCCCUGGCCCUGAGAGCAGCCCGGUGCUGGUGCGCACCGAUGAGGACGUGCCUAGCGGGCCACCACGGAAGGUAGAGGUUGAGCCUCUGAACUCCACUGCUGUGCAUGUCUCCUGGAAGCUGCCCGUCCCCAACAAGCAGCACGGACAGAUUCGUGGCUACCAGGUCACCUAUGUGCGGUUGGAGAAUGGUGAGCCCCGAGGCCAACCCAUCAUCCAGGAUGUCAUGCUGGCUGAGGCUCAGUGGAGACCAGAGGAGUCCGAGGACUAUGAGACCACCAUCAGCGGCCUCACCCCCGAGACCACCUACUCCAUCACCGUCGCUGCCUACACCACUAAGGGGGAUGGUGCCCGAAGCAAGCCCAAGGUGGUUACUACAACAGGGGCAGUCCCAGGACGGCCCACCAUGAUGGUCAGCACCACGGCCAUGCACACCGCGCUGCUGCAGUGGCACCCACCCAAGGAGCUGCCUGGAGAGCUGCUGGGCUACCGUCUCCAAUACCGGCGGGCCGACGAGGCGCGGCCCAACACCAUAGACUUUGGCAAGGAUGACCAACAUUUUACAGUCACCGGCCUGCACAAAGGGGCCACCUACGUCUUCCGGCUCGCUGCCAAGAACCGGGCUGGCCCAGGAGAAGAGUUUGAGAAAGAGAUCACCACCCCCGAGGAUGUGCCCAGUGGCUUUCCUCAAAAUCUUCGAGUGACAGGACUGACCACAUCUACCACGGAACUGACCUGGGACCCGCCGGUGCUGGCGGAGAGGAAUGGUCACAUCACCAACUAUACUGUGGUCUACCGUGACAUCAACAGCCAGCUUGAACUACAGAAUGUCACCAACGACACACACCUUACACUCUUGGGCCUUAAACCGGACACCACUUAUGACAUCAAGGUCCGUGCACAUACCAGCAAAGGCGCCGGCCCUCUCAGCCCCAGCAUCCAGUCCCGGACCAUGCCCGUGGAGCAAGUGUUUGCCAAGAAUUUCCGUGUGGCCGCUGCGAUGAAGACAUCUGUGCUGCUCAGUUGGGAGGUCCCCGACUCUUAUAAGUCAGCUGUGCCCUUCAAGAUCCUGUACAAUGGGCAGAGCGUGGAGGUGGAUGGGCACUCGAUGCGGAAGCUGAUUGCAGACCUGCAACCCAACACGGAGUACUCCUUCGUCCUGAUGAAUCGUGGCAGUAGCGCCGGGGGCCUACAGCACCUGGUGUCCAUCCGCACUGCCCCGGACCUCCUACCCCAGAAGCCACUGCCUGCCUCCGCCUUUAUAGAGGAUGGCCGCUUCUCCCUCUCCAUGCCUCAAGUGCAGGACCCCUCGCUAGUCAGGUGGUUCUACAUUGUGGUGGUGCCCAUUGACCGUGUGGGCGGGAACUUGCUGGCACCAAGAUGGAACACACCAGAGGAGUUGGAGCUGGACGAGCUUCUGGAGGCCAUCGAGCAGGGCGAGGAGAAACAGCGGAGGCGCCGGCGCCAAGCAGAGCGGCUGAAGCCUUAUGUGGCGGCCCAAGUGGAUGUGCUCCCUGACACCUUCACCCUGGGGGACAAGAAGAGCUACCGCGGCUUCUACAACCGGCCCCUGUCUCCGGAUCUGAGUUACCAGUGCUUCGUUCUCGCCUCCCUCAAGGAACCCAUGGACCAGAAGCGCUACGCCUCCAGCCCCUACUCGGACGAGAUUGUAGUCCAGGUGACGCCAGCACAGCAGCAGGAGGAGCCCGAGAUGCUGUGGGUGACAGGCCCUGUCCUGGCGGUCAUUCUCAUCAUACUCAUUGUCAUCGCCAUCCUCCUGUUCAAGAGGAAGAGAACACACUCCCCAUCAUCAAAGGAUGAGCAGUCAAUCGGGCUGAAGGACUCCCUGUUGGCCCACUCUUCUGACCCUGUGGAGAUGCGAAGGCUUAACUACCAGACCCCAGGUUCCAGUGCCCCCAGUUGCCCGAAUAUCUCAAGUAUGCGAGACCACCCGCCCAUCCCCAUCACUGACCUGGCAGACAAUAUUGAGCGCCUCAAAGCCAACGAUGGGCUCAAGUUCUCCCAGGAGUAUGAGUCCAUUGACCCUGGACAGCAGUUCACAUGGGAGAAUUCCAACUCGGAGGUGAACAAGCCCAAGAACCGCUAUGCAAAUGUCAUUGCCUAUGACCAUUCUCGAGUCCUCCUCACCUCCAUUGAUGGUGUUCCUGGGAGUGACUACAUCAAUGCCAACUACAUUGAUGGCUACCGAAAGCAGAAUGCCUACAUCGCCACACAGGGUCCGCUGCCCGAGACCAUGGGCGAUUUCUGGAGGAUGGUGUGGGAACAGCGCACAGCCACAGUGGUCAUGAUGACCAGGCUAGAGGAGAAAUCCCGGGUGAAGUGUGAUCAGUAUUGGCCAGUCCGUGGCACUGAGACCUAUGGCCUCAUUCAGGUGACCCUGGUGGACACUGUGGAGUUGGCCACAUACACCAUGCGCACCUUUGCCCUCCAUAAGAGUGGCUCCAGUGAGAAGCGUGAGCUGCGUCAGUUCCAGUUCAUGGCCUGGCCAGACCACGGCGUUCCUGAGUACCCCACUCCCAUCUUGGCCUUCCUGAGACGGGUCAAGGCCUGUAACCCACUAGAUGCGGGGCCCAUGGUGGUGCAUUGCAGUGCGGGUGUGGGGCGCACAGGCUGCUUCAUCGUCAUCGACGCAAUGCUGGAGCGUAUGAAGCACGAGAAGACGGUUGACAUCUAUGGCCACGUGACGUGCAUGCGCUCACAAAGGAACUACAUGGUGCAGACCGAGGACCAGUAUGUGUUCAUCCACGAGGCCCUGCUAGAGGCUGCCAUGUGCGGACACACCGAGGUGCUCGCUCGGAACCUCUAUGCCCACAUCCAGAAGCUAGGCCAAGUGCCUCCCGGGGAGAGCGUCACGGCCAUGGAACUUGAGUUCAAGUUGCUGGCCAACUCCAAGGCCCACACGUCGCGCUUUGUCAGUGCCAACCUGCCCUGCAACAAGUUCAAGAACCGCCUAGUGAACAUCAUGCCCUAUGAGCUGACCCGAGUGUGCUUGCAACCCAUCCGUGGUGUGGAGGGCUCAGACUACAUCAAUGCCAGCUUUCUAGAUGGCUACAGACAGCAGAAGGCCUACAUAGCUACACAGGGGCCUCUGGCAGAGAGCACCGAGGACUUCUGGCGCAUGUUAUGGGAGCACAAUUCCACCAUCAUCGUCAUGCUGACCAAGCUUCGGGAGAUGGGCAGGGAGAAAUGUCACCAGUACUGGCCAGCAGAGCGCUCCGCUCGCUAUCAGUACUUCGUUGUUGACCCGAUGGCUGAGUACAACAUGCCCCAGUAUAUUCUGCGUGAAUUCAAAGUCACAGACGCCCGGGAUGGGCAGUCAAGGACAAUCCGACAGUUCCAGUUUACAGACUGGCCAGAGCAAGGAGUACCCAAAACAGGUGAAGGCUUCAUCGACUUCAUCGGGCAGGUGCACAAGACAAAGGAGCAGUUUGGCCAGGAUGGGCCCAUCACGGUGCACUGCAGUGCUGGUGUGGGCCGCACCGGUGUGUUCAUCACCCUGAGCAUUGUCCUGGAGCGCAUGCGGUAUGAGGGUGUGGUUGACAUGUUCCAGACCGUGAAGACCCUCCGCACACAGCGCCCUGCAAUGGUGCAGACAGAGGACCAAUACCAGCUGUGCUACCGUGCGGCCCUGGAAUACCUCGGCAGCUUUGAUCACUAUGCAACGUAACUACUGCUCCCCUCUCCUCCGACGCUCCCCCGCGGGGCUCCGGAGGGGACCCAGCUCCUCUGAGCCAUACCAACCAUCGUCCAGCCCUCCUGCACGGAUGCUGUUGCCGGCAGAGCACAGCCCACUGGGAUCACAGCAUUUCGGGGAACAUUGCCACACCAGUCAGAGAGCCCAGAACACCUGGGCAAGUAGGCGGACUGGCAGCCUGGCUCUGGGCCCUCGUCCACCGGGCCAAGUGGAGCCCCGCUUCAAGCUCUCUGUUCAGCUCCGCGUUCUCAUGCUUCUCAUGGGGUGGGAAAAGGGGGCAAAGCCCCCACUUUUUAUACACUAGGCGGGGUAGACUGCGGGGUCCUAGCCUCUUCCUCCGACUUUGCUUUUGCAGGUCUUUCACUGCAGAUGGGGCUGCUGUGGGAGUUGGGACUUGUUUGUUUUCCUUUUUGAGUUCACGUUGGAUCCUUUCUUGUACAACUUCUGCGGAAGGACACAGUAGUAACUCGCCUUCCUUGUGCAGAGCUAGGGCCCUACCUGAGCAAGUCGGCUGUGGCCCGGGAGGCAGCGUGACUCCUGCUGUCCUCCAGCCUUUCAGAUGAGAUCCUAUUCCAGCCAAAUGCAGGGAAACACUUUAUUUUGUUUGUUUUAGGUUUUGUUUUUCCUUGAGAGCCUUUUUUUAGGCCCCACAGACAGUGGUGGGUGGGGAGGCGAUAGGAAACACAUUCCCCAGUGUGCAUUUAACAUUCAUAGCCUACAACCACAGACGUGUCUGGGGGAGCCUGGCAAGGCGUUCCUCGUCACCAUCGUGUUUGCAAAGGUUCAAAAAACAAAAAUCAAAAAAAAAAAAAAACAUAAAAAUAUUUUUUUUUAAGAAAAGAAAUAAAGAUUCAUCCCCUGGCCUCUACUUCAGAUUCGAAGUGGGAGGCAACUCAAUGUGCCUGGGGCUCGCCAUGGGCCCACAGAGUCUCGCUAUCAUCCCCAGCGUCGCAGUGUGGCAGGUGUUUGUAGGCUGUGGGUUCUGGCCACCUCGGGAAAUGAAUGGCACAGGUGAGGGCCUGUGCCACGCCCCACACACCUCAGGGCCAAGCGGGGGCGUGGCUGGCCCUUCAGGUCAGGCCAGUGGGCCUGGUAGCACAUGUCUGUCCUCAGCCGGACAGAUGCUUUCUCUCCUGGUUUGCAGCUGUCUUCAAAUCCCCCCAUGACCCGCUCUUCCCACUCCUUCAAGUUGCCCUCACAAACCAAUGUGGCAAGACUACUGGACUUGUAUCCAUGGUACUAUACUCAGUCCUCUUAUCUCAGCUUGCUGAGGGGCAGGGAGAGGGUCUCUUCCUCUGGGCAGCACUAUCUAGAUAGGUAAGUGGGGGCGGGGAAGGGUGCAUAGCUGUUUUAGCCGAGGGACUCGAUACCGACGUCCCCAGAUAUAGCUAGGCUAAGUCAAGAUCAACAGUCCGGGGUUGGUGGUGUUGGAUGAAACAUUCAUUUUUACCUUGUGGAUGCUAGUGCUGUAGAGUUCACUGUUGUACACAGUCUGUUUUCUAUUUGUUAAGAAAAACUACAGCAUCAUUGCAUACUUCUUGAUGGUAAUAAAUUUGAAUAAUCAAGAUUUCUUACACACUA